AUGGGUUUUGUACGAGGUAAAUGGUUGUGUACAAAUAAUUCGUCUCAUUGGUCUGAAGGGCUCUUACCGGUUAUUUAUGGAAUCAAUACAAGAGUAUCGAGUGUCACUAAAAAAUCAUCGUAUGAAGUUUUGUUUGGUCAAGCACCUCGUUCUGAUUCUGAGUUUUGGAAAAUUAUUGAUGAAAAAAAAAUUGUUGAUGAGGAAGAUUUACCGAGUCCAGUUGAUGACGCUGAUAAUAUGGUUAUUGGACAACUGGAUAGUUCAUUUGAUGUUCGUAAUGGUAUUGAUCAGGAGGUGGUCCCGAUUGUUGAAAAAUUAACUUAUGAUGCUGUUUCGAAUUCUUUUCUUGAUAUUUCAUUGACAGAAAAAAUACCUCACACUAAUUCUGAUCUCAUUUCUUUCGACUCACCGAUCAAGAACGCUAUUCAUUUGUCGAAUGCGCAUUCAAAUGUUCCUUCUACAUCAUCUCCUCAUAUUUAUGACCCUGAGAUUCGAUCAACAAUAACACUUCUAGAUGAAUUAAGCGAAUUAAUAGCACCAAUUGUUCCUUCAUCGUUUUCUUCAAAGAAAAUUCGUUCUCGUACCUUUUCUGAUGUUGAUCAACCUUCUUCUUCUAAUUUAUCAUUUUUACGUCAUGAUCCUGUACGACAUGCAGCUACAGAUAAUUAUUUACGCACGGUAACAAAAAAACAAAAAAAAUAUGAUGAACAUUUGUUGAAUUUGGAACAGAAGUUUGUUGUAAAUGAUUGUGUAGGUGUGCGAAUUGAUACAGCUGAUAGAACUAAUACCGAUCCGAAACUCUUACCGUGUUUGAUUGUUGAAAAAAGUAGUAAAGAUGGAACUGGUGUUUUUAGACUAUCUUGCCAAUAUGGUAAGUUAUUAAAUUUGUUUUCAGUUCAAGAUCUUGUCGAUUUGAAAUCAUCAUGUCCUCAAGAAUUACGACAAACUGAUGUCAAUGCUUUAGACAAUGUUACAUUCAUUGAAGCAUGUAAACUAUAUGCGCGUGGAUCAGUAAGUAGUUCAACAUGCGAUUGUAAAACGAAUCGCGGCGCGACAAAAGCAAGAUAG